UACUACGUGCACUACAAAGACUUUAAUCGACGGAUGGACGAAUGGAUCAGCAAAGAGAAGUCCAAUGAAGAGAUGUUGGCACUACCGACGGAUACUGUGACCACGCACACAGUAGGGGAGCAUGUCGUAGCGACGGUCAAAGCCCAGGAACUUGAUGAACAUGAAGGCUUGGAUGAGGCGUCGUUGCGCGAGCAUGAAGAGGUAACGAAGGUGAAAAAUGUUGGUUUCAUGGAGCUUGGGCAAUAUCAAAUGGAGACCUGGUAUUUUUCUCCCUUGCCAAAAGAGCUAUUGAAUGCAAGCGGCUUUAUCGACGUUCUGUAUGUUUGCGAGUUUUCCUUUGGGCUGUAUGCCCGCAAGAGUGAGCUUCAAAGGUUCCAAGCACGUCUUCCGAGUGAAAGGCGCCAUCCACCUGGCAACGAAAUCUAUCGAAAUGGCGAUUUGGCAAUGUUUGAAGUAGAUGGAAUGGAAGAGCGAAUCUACUGUCAAAAUCUAUGCUAUCUCGCAAAACUCUUCCUUGAUCACAAGACGCUUUACUAUGAUGUGGACCCUUUUCUGUUUUACGUUCUGUGUGAAGUGGACAAUCGAGGCUUUCAUCCUGUUGGCUACUAUAGCAAAGAAAAGUACUCCGAUGUUGGCUACAAUUUGGCUUGUAUUUUAACUUUUCCUGCGCAUCAACGCAAAGGGUAUGGACGCUUUCUCAUUGCUUUUUCGUAUGAACUUAGCAAAAAGGAAGAGAAGGUUGGAUCACCAGAAAAGCCUAUGUCAGACCUCGGGCAGCAAGCCUAUAAGCCCUACUGGGGUUCAACGGUGGUUGAUUAUUUGUUGAAUCAGUCCAAUGAAUCUUCGUUGAGCAUUAUGGACGUUUCGAAAAGGACAUCAAUCAUGGCCGAAGACAUUGUUUUUACGUUGAAUCAACUAGGGAUUUUGAAGAUCAUCAACGGUAUAUACUUUAUCGCAGCCGAAAAGAGCCUGCUUCAGCGAUUGGCAGAAAAAUACCCCGUAAAGGAACCUCGAGUGGAUCCAUCCAAGCUUCAUUGGACUCCCUUU